ACCGCCUUUAACCGACGUGAACUGUGCCAUCUCCGUCUUUCUAUUAAUUGAUAUUUAAAUUGUUAGGCCCUUGGGGGUCUGCUUUUAUCAUUUAUUGUUCGACGCUUUUUAUGGUGCCGUUAUGUAUGUAAAGAUAAUACGAGUCGGUGACAAUUGAAGAGGUGACGGCAGCUUUCUAAAGAACGGGCAAUGCGAGUUCUGUUAACGUGCCAGUGUCGUAUCUGGUUCUCUAUGCUCUGACAUUUGGUGAACGAAAUGAAAAUUAAUUCCUCGCAUUGUUGCUCGCACAAGAAGUAAAGCGAUCGGUGCACUCAGUUAUGAGUUCGGAGGAUGAUAUCUGCUGGUAUCAUGGGAAGCUGUCAAGGGAUGCUGCGGAAAAAUUACUCCAAAAAGAGAGCAAAGAAGAUGGGACUUUCCUUGUCCGAGAAAGCAGCACAUCUUCCGGAGAUUUUGUAUUAUCGGUUUCGCACGAAGGAGAAGUUGUCCACUAUCAAAUAAGAAAACAUGGAGAGGAUGCUUUCUUCUCGAUAGAUGACGAGACAACGAUACACGGCUUGGAUACGCUUAUUGAAUAUUAUCAGGAAGGAAAUCAUGGCUUAGAGACUAAAUUACGAACACCGUGCAAGGGUGGUCCACCACCUCAUGAUACCAGAAGACAUGGUCGGACAAAUUUACUGCAUAGAGCAACGAUUCAGAGGAAUUAUACGAUUGUUUCGGAAUUACUGAAAUGUGGCUAUAGAAGUCUAGAGGCCAAGAAUCAACUGGGACAGACAGCGGUGCAUUUAGCAGCAAAGGAUGGAGCAGACGAAAUUCUUAAGAAACUUAUUCAGAACAAAGCCAGCGUUAACUGUCGAGAUUCCGCUGGCUAUACUCCAUUACAUUACGCGUGCCAAAGUAAUUUACCCAGUACGGUGAGGAUAUUAAUCUCGGGUGGUGCCAACGUGCAAGCCCGGCAUACAGAAACAGGCAUGGUUCCUUUGCAUGAAGCAGCCACCAGAGGCCAGAAAGAGGUUAUUCAAGCCCUGCUGUCAGUAGAUGCACCAGUGAAUCCUCGAACACUAGCCGAUGACGUCCCUGCAGAUCUUGCUAGACGAAACGGUCACCAAGAAUGUGCCAAAUUGUUAGCCAAUUACCAAGGACCAGUUCCGAAAGAAAAGCGCAGUGACUGGUACCAUGGAACACUAGACCGAGGAGAGGCUGUUACCCUUUUGCACAAAAAUGGAGACAUGGACGGUUCCUUCUUGGUCCGUUUCAGCGACAGGCAUGCUGGUAGCUAUGUACUCACAGUCAUGUACCACAGACAAGCAUUCCACUUUCAAAUACAAAAAAAGGGGGAAUUCCUAUACAUUGACAACGGUCCCUAUCUCCCGUCUCUGGAGCACAUCGUAGAGCACUAUCGAUGUAUGCCCGAUGGUCUCCCUGGUCCAUUGCUCCAUCCGAUAGCUCCAGGGCCAAGACCACCAGUUCCUGAAAUGCCAUCGUCAAUAUUCAACGGGAACACCCUGACGAAGAGGAAACCUCUCCCCCAGAAGAGCACAUCGGUGGAGCAGCAACUGGACGCCUUGCCACCCAUUCAAUUCGAGACGAACAUUUUUCGAGCCAACGACUUCUGCGAUUUACCGCACAACAGAACAGUGGAUUCGCGAAGACCUUCCGACGCGGAGUCGAGAGUCGUCGGCGAUUACAUCAGACAAGAAUUCAUUCCCGGGGAGAAUUUAAUCCUUGGCGAGGUCCUCGGCGAAGGAGAGUUCGGUGCAGUGUACGAAGGAGUUUAUGACGCGCCUACGGGUAUCCAAGAGCCCGUCGCCAUUAAGACAUUACGCGAAUCUCAUACUACGGCGACUCGAGAGGAGUUCCUGAGAGAAGCUCGACUCAUGAUGACUCUCAAUCACCAUUGUAUCGUGAAGCUGAUAGGGUUUUCCGAAGGCCCACCUUUGUUAAUGGUCCAGGAGUUGGUUCCUCUGGGCUCGAUGUUGGCUUACCUCCACGAGUUCCCCGACAGGGUCAGCAUCAACUACGAGCUCAAGAUCUGGGCCUCGCAGAUAGCUUGCGGCAUGAAAUACCUGGAGGAGCUGAGACUGGUACACAGGGACCUGGCGGCCCGGAACAUUUUAUUGGCGUCCAGACACCAAGCAAAGAUCAGCGAUUUUGGUCUGUCCCGAACAUUCGGGUCCAACGAUUACUACAGGGCCACUCAGGGUGGAAAAUGGCCCAUCAAAUGGUACGCCCCGGAGUCCUACAAUUUCGGGACAUUUUCCCACGCCAGCGACGUGUGGAGUUUUGGAGUCACGCUGUGGGAAAUGUUCUCUUACGGACAGCAACCGUACGGCGAUCGACGCGGGGUCGAUGUCAUACAGCUGGUGGAAAAGGGCGAGCGCCUGGAGAAGCCGGAGAAAUGCCCCGAGCAUGUGUAUCUCGUGAUGCGAAGCUGCUGGUCCUAUCUUCCGACCGACCGGCCGACCUUCAAGGACCUGCUGGAGAUCUUCAGCAGCGACCCCGAGUACGCGAACAUCAAGGAACUCGUUACGGCGGUCGACAUCAGCUGAUACAUCAGCUUAAACGAACGCCUUCCCAUUUUAAGGCCUCGUUUGUGAAACUUUAACUGGGUACCGAAUCGUUUGAAAUCUUCCCGCGUGAACACGCGGCGCUACUGUCGUUCUUAAUCCCUAUUUUACAUUCAUGAACCCUUGAAUUUUCCAUUUAAAAAAAAAAAUACAUAAUGAAAUUUCAUGGGCGUCAGGACCUUCAUUAAGGCCUCCGCGUUCACGAGGCAAAUCUUGGAAAUAUUCGGCACGGUCAAUCCUAAGAAAUUCAUUUUUUUUAUUUUAAAUAAAUUUGUAAACAUUUUCAUGGGUCGUCGGACCUUCCUUAGGGCUUCCACGUUCACGUGGCAAGAUUUCAAGCGAUUCGGUGAAUCCAGAUGAGGGAAAAGUUUCAAAAAUCGAUGGACCUGUCUCGCUUUCAUGUCGCCUUAAUGCGACUUACGAUCUGUCGGGACCAUUAUCCGCGUUCUUCGGGGUAGAUUUUCUCGCGCGUGCCGUAUAUUAAUUUCUUCCGAGCGACCGUAUCGCUGACGGGGGACAAAGGCGUACGCGAACAAUGGAGGAGUCGCGGCAUUUAGCAUAUUUAGCAUAUUCAGCGUAUCGGCGCCCCUUAAUCGGGGGCAUAUCGAGCACGGUACAUUUUAUUAACGUGACGGAGUUUUGUUAUUGCGCAAACGGCCGCGCGCAUUCCACCGUCGCGUUACAGCACGUUGUAGUAAGACGAGGACGACACGACACGUAUCGUGCCGAGAUAAGCAACGUUGCGUAUCAAAGUACCCGGGUCUACCGCGUGCCAUUUUUUUUUUUAAGGUGUAUAUAUACAUAGAAUUAAACACCGUGUACCAUACAUAUAUGUAAUUAAAAGCCUCGGGGCGUGGGAACUUCCAAAGCCAUGCGAGACGCUCUCUUGUAAAUACUUGCCGUCGAGGACGAAGCGAAAUAAAAGGGGGAAAAAAAAAAGAAUAGAAAUAAAGAAAAGGGACCACCGAGCGCCAUGACAUGCAACACAAAUCUACUGCCAUUCAAGUUCUCUCUCUCUUUAUUUCUAUCUGUAGUCGAGUUCCCUUAACGACGAAGACCGCUGCCUCUCCGAGUUUACGAGGACCUCGCUUUGCGACGAGUGCGUGUAUGUACAUAUACAGGAUGUGGAUUUAAAAAAAAAAAAAAAGACAA